AUGCAUCCAGAUCGUGUAUGUGAUCUUAGUCUUCUACCCGAGUCCAUCAGACAAUUCACUCUUACAAACUGCGAUUGUGAUAUUGAUUGUAUUUUUAGAAAUGUAUGUUCCUGUUGCAUUGAUGCUGCUCUGCAAAGCUCUGCAACGUGUUUAUCAAACACGUUACAUGUCGAGUCAAGCUCAAAUAGUGAAGAAGUAGAAAUAAUUGUGAUUGAUGGUUGUUCAAGAAACGAGGGUUAUAUGUAUUUUCAUCAGUAUCGGAAGUUAUGUGAGGAUGAUACCGGGGACUUCUCAUCCUAUUUUGUACAUUAUGGGUCGGCAACUUACAAAAAUGUUUUUUGCUUUUUCUGUAAUAGCAAUGUAUUUCGGCUUGGGCAAAAAAUACUUCACAAUAACUUCACACCACUUGAUUUGAACAUUGUCUGUCCAAGUUUUUUUCAUUUUCUAUACACUGGUUCUAUUAAUGCUGUAAUCAAUUCAGCAAAAGAUAAUGGAUGCUCUGUUUUUUAUGAUACGGAUAAGACGACUAAAUGCAGGAAAGAAGAGGAAGACUAUUCUUAUGGAGGAUUCUGGGCGAGUUCUUAUUACAGCUACUAUCAUGAUUAUUCUCAAUCGGAAGAAAAAAUUGAAAUCGUAAAUAUAUGCAACAGCUCUGGAAAGGUUGUAAAUGAUAUUGACUUAAAUGUACGGUGGGCUUGUGAAAACAUCAGUGACCAAGCGUUUCCUUCUGUAUCUGGAUUCAAAAACGAAUUUUGCUUGCUCUGCAAUGUUAUUGAAUCUGUCCAGACAUUGAAGGACAAAUGUGACCCAGGAAGUUUUAAUUUUCAUCCUGCAUAUAGCGAAGGGUGUGAUUUACUUCCAGACGUGCAUGCAGUAUCUGAAGUGUAUCCUUACAAGAAUUCAUUUUGCUUUGCUUGCAACAAUGAAUUUUGCUUUGAAAAUAAGUGUUUUCCAAAUUCAUCGUUCGUUAUUGACCCAGCGGAUUGUUCAGGUCAGACUGGAAAUGCAUUGAGGAUACGUAAACCCUUUGUAUUACCUAAAUUACUGCCGUCUGUCGUCUUCUACACCUCUCCGCAUUAUGUUACAGAGUCUGAAAGAUAUGGUUGCUUUCCUGGACGAGUUUUAGUUGCAGAUAUCUGCGAAUUGAUAAUUAUGGAUGGAAUUGGAUUAUAUGCAGUUGAUAUUUCUACUAAAAUUAUGAUCAACUCUACCAUUGCAAAUGCAACCAUUGUAUUGCAAAAGAUAGAAGAAGCACUGAAAAAAGAUAUCGUAAAACUAUUACCUGGUAACCCUGGAUUAAUGACAUAUUUUUCUGUUGUGCCCUACAAUAACCUGAAUUUAGUAACCGAGAGCCCCGUACAAAAUGAGCAAUUCCUUAUGGAUAUUUAUUUUGAGAUACCUUAUGCAAAUUAUGAAAGAGAUUUGAUAGAAAAAAUGCUUCUAAAACUUCCGCACGAGAUUGAUCAACAGAAUUCCAUUGAAAACGAUAAUGUAGAGUAUUAUAUCAAAGGCUUGGGAUUCUCGCUUCCAAAACAUACCCUUGAUUAUGGUAUGUCGGAUACAAUUUCUUAUAACAAAUUUAAAAAUCGAAUGCAAUCUUUAUUUUCGGGACCCCCUUUAUCAGUUCUCUUUGUAGGAAACUUACUUUUCUGUGUUCAUCGAAAAUUCAAUGCAAGUUUAUUUAUCUUUGAUAAUGAAAACAUGCGAAUAACAUCAAAUGAAUCCUUGCUCAGUUUCGAAAUGGGUGAUUUUGCCAUGGAUUUUGCAGGUUUUAUAGGGGUAUGUGACUAUGGGUCGCGAUUCAAUAGUAUUGCAAGUGAUAAACUAGUUACAGCUUUUGUAGAUAUACAUUACUUAUCUACGGUGUUCCAUGGAGUUAGUGCUGUCAGCAUGGCUUCUAUUUUCCUGAGUUAUUGCAUUUUUAAGAAUUUACGAACCCCUUCUGGUAUCAAUGCCAUGUUUGUGUCUUUAUCCUUGUGUUUGCUUCAUAUCGUGGGUACCCUUGAAAAACUCCUAGAGCACAUCAAUGUAGCAUGCACGGUUAUCGGUCUUAUUCUUCACUACCUUUGGUUGUCCGUUUGUUGUUCACUUACUGUAGCAGCAUUUCACCAAUGUUUACUUUUUAAAAAUUAUAAACCAAAAGAUGACUUAUCUUCAAGUUCGAAAGAACAUUCGCCAGUACUUUUCCACAUUAUUUUUAGCUUUUUGCUACCUUUAGUUGUUGUUGCUACCAAUGGUAUAUUAUUGUACGUUUUUUUGACUGAUUUUCAAUAUGGCUCUGAUAGAUGUUUCCUGACUCAUGAAAUCUCGAACAUUAUUACAUAUCUUUCUCCUUUGGCGAUUUCUACCCUUCUGACAAUUUUUCUCCACUUUGCAACAUUUAAAUUAAUAAUUUCUUCAAAAGAGAAAUUAAAUUUAAAAAGAAAGAGAACCGAGUUUUUCUUACUGUUUAAAGUAGCAAUCAUCGUCAGUGUUAUCGCCUUUCUUCAAAUAUCACAAUGGUUUAUAAGCACUUCGACUUAUUCUUUCGUUGUGGAUUUAAUUAUAUCGACCCAGGGAUGCACCAUCUUCCUUGCAAUUUGCUGCUCCUCUCAGAUAUUUAAGCUUUGGAAAACAAAGGGGGAAAACUUGUCUGAAAGCGAUUCGACACUGUCGCUCGAGACUGAAAAAGCAACAACCACUGCAUAUGCCGAGUAA